AUGUGGGCUCGUCAUGCUCGAAGCGCCCGUGUGUGGUGUGCACGCGUGCGACGCGGUCUAUGCACGUCAUCGCCAGUCUGCGCGGCCAAAGAUCGAGUGGCACUGGGUGAAGCCAUUCGACGGGUGAUGCGAACCAGUGCUCAGCCUGUUGCUCUGGUAUCAGCCUUUGUGCCUUCAGGAGACCCCAAUGACCCGUCCCUACAUAUCCACGCUACCACGCUCUCGUCAUUUACGACCGUAUCUCUCGCGCCGCCACUUGUGGCCUUUUCCAUUCGUGAGCCGAGCCGCAUGACCGAUGCUCUGCGAGCAGGUGUAGCGUCGCCUGAGCCGCAUCCUUCUGAGAGCCCUGAUCGCUUAGUGCAAUCCGCCUUUGCGCGCCAGCCCCAUUUCCUGAUACAUAUCCUAUCCUUCACGCAGCAGUCGAUGAGCAACUUUUUUGCCCGACCAGGCGCCCAGACCUAUCCUACUUCACACCAGCAUGUGCCAGACGACCACCCUUUCAGGCAUCACCCGAUGCAGCCAUCCAAGGCCGUCGAGGGCCAGCUGAUACCGACCGAGGCCAUUGGAUCGCUAGCGUGUAGUCUGGUGUAUCAACUGGACCUGACGUCGCCCGACUUGCACGGCACGACCGAAUUUGUCAACGGAUGUGUACAUACGAACGAAGCUGGCAGCGCGCUCUUCCUUGCUCAAAUCCACGAUGUCGAGAUCGGCCACGAACACAUGGACUCAAAGCCGCGGCCCCUCGUGUACUGGCAGCAGGGCUACUGCUCGACGUGA